CACUUCCGACACAGAGAGAGGCAGCCUGGUUGUGAUGACUCUAAUGACCUGUCUGGACAGAAGUACCGCCUCAGAGACACAGACCUUCGUCUUAACAGAGGGAAAGCACCCUGUCCUCCUACAUUUCGGCCUACAUUUACAUUUUCAAGUUCAGCUAUCCCUUCAAGGAAUUCAUUUACCCAGCAGAUGAAGAGAAAUGCUCUGAUGAUGAGCAGGAAGACCAAAAAGGUUGAAACAGGAGGGGCAAAGGAGGAUAUCGGGAAUGAAGCAGCAACAGCUGAUAAUGCCAUCCCUAUCAGAGGUGGUGUUGAGGGACCUUCGGGUCCGAGUACGGCGCCACACGUUCAACUUCUUGUUGAGCUGCAAGGACCCCACCAGCAAAGAGAGGUCCUUACUGCACCAGCUUGAACAUGUGGAGACAAAAGACAAGUGGAGGAAGGAACAAGCUGCUCUCUGCUGUACAACCAAAGAGAAUGACAAAAUAGAGAAGAGCAGCAAUACUUGUGAGUUAAACCUGAAGCCUUUCACUCUUCACCCUUCCUUGUCUUCUCAACAGAAUGUUGGACCAGUAGUUUGUGGACAGAUACUGGGUGGAAAGCCCCUUCGAGUGGUGGAAAAAGUAUCUGUCCAGACAAGGAUCUCUUCCAGAACAAGGAGCAUGAUCAGAAACUGUCACACACGCCAGUCUGUUUCCAGAGCCAAGAAGAACAACAAAAUAAUUUGCAAGCGCAUUAAACUCACCAAACCCAUUUGCAGAAAAAGCAACAGUGCAAGUCCUCAGAAACACAUGGAUAGCUGUAGUGGAAAAGAUAUUCAUGGAACCAAUUGCAUAACCAUCGAAAAUAACACCAGCGGUAACAACAAUGAUGUGGCAUACAUCAGCAACAGAACAUACACUGGUGGAGGCGGGCCCAAAGGCAGCAAGGCUCAGGAUGCAGAUCAGAAACCAGUGGAUCUGAAAGUGGAAAUCAAAACCAUUGGAGAAUCGGGGACUGAUGGGACACUUGUGGAGAGCAAACCCUCUGGUAAAAGAGUUGAAGUUUGCACAAGUGCUUUGGACAAAGCCAAGAAGCCUGGGAAUCACCAGAAACCCAUUAGUACUCCCCUUGUCACUACCACCCCUAGCACCAUUUCCCUCUCUUCCCCCUCACUUGACCAUGUUCCGGUAAUGUCAGGACUGAAGCAAGUCACAGUUAGCUUGAUAAGAGUGUCUGUGCCGGGAAGUGUAGCAGAAGAAAGGGCCUGUCCAGGAUUGGAGGGAAAGGGCAUUGUGAGAAGAGAGAGCAGCGUACCAGUGCAAGCAGAACAGAUGGCUAGAUCAGCUACACAGGGAGGAGAGGCAGACACCAGAGUGUCCAGGUCCCAGCAGAAGUCCAUGGAGGAAGCAGGCAGGGAGUUGUCAGACGCUGAAGGGCUUAAAGGCCAGGAUGACCACUGCAAGAGGGACACACAACCGCAGUGCCAGCCCAUAGACCACCCACCAACAUCCCACCAUGCUCCCACAUCAUCCCACUCCUUGAGUACCCCGGUCUCAGACCGUAAGCCCAAAAGACUGAGGCUAGUGGUUACUGAUGGGCUAGUGGAUCUGGACCUCCAGUAUACAGACUGAUUUAUACCUGUUCUUCUCAUCUGACUUUGAUGCAGCUUGUAAUAUAUCAACAUUAUUGUACAGAAUUGUUCAUGAGGAGCAUAUCUCUGCCCUGAUGUUUUUUUUAUACAGCAAUUUACACAGUCUACCUAUCAUUAUGUUUGUUUAAUGGUUACUGGUGUUUGUUCUAAUCCCUCUCUUGGAUACUGUUAUGAUAUGAAUGUCUCAGAGGUUUUAUUGACAUCUGUGUGGAUCGAGUAAUGCUUAUGCUUAACAGUUUUACUUCUAUUUAUUUUGUGAAUGCAACCAUCUUAUGUGUCAGUUCAGUGAUUUGCAAGAGGAAAAUAUGUAGUGAAUAGAUCUCCACAAUGCUUUUCUGGCAUGACGUCCUUUCAUAGUCUGUCAUAGCAGAGGUUAGCCUCAAGGUGGGCACAUUGAACCCUCUAGUUAGUAGUAUGUGGAGGCCUUCUUAUUGUACUGUAACAUAGUUGAAUGAGUUGUUCUCUGAAGUUGACAUGUCAGGAAGAUAGGCCUACACAAACCGUUUGCACAUUCUACAACAUGAUUACUUUGACAUAAAAAUGUGUUUUUAAGUUUUAAAACAAGUGUGUCUAUCAUGUUUCUGUGAUUUUGGGCAGUAGGGCUUUGAUUCCAGUCAGUUUAAGUACUGUCUACGAGCUCUAAAAUGUACAGUUUUAUUGGAUCUGCUCCCUGUUUCUCUAAGUACAUAGACUUGCAAGUGUGUGGGAGUGAGGAGGAAUUUUAGGUACCAUGCUUUUCUGUACAUGGUAUGUUUGUGCACUGCCUUGCCAAUUUGAGUGAAGAUUAGUCAAUGGUGCAUUAAGAAAUGCACAGUGCAUCAACAGUGUGUGUACUGUAGAAUGACUUCCAGGCCUGUAAAUUCCAGGACAACUCCACUGAGGGGUGGCGUGCAUGACAUGAACUGCAGCUCUGCAGACGCUGUCCAGAGCACCCACAGUAUACGAGGGAGGGAGACCGGGUGGGUGGGAGACUGACUGCAAUGUUUUCUGCAGAAUGAGGUUUUUUCUUUGGUCUGGUGUAGGUCAAGGGGUAGAUGAUACUGUAUUAGUGGGGCAACUUGGACUAAGUGGGUACAUUUUGUGUUCCCUCCCUUCCUUCUUUCCCCUUUGUAUCCACACUGAGAAUACUUGGUGCUUAUGGCAUUAUUAUGAAGCAACUUCAAAGCAAUCUGUUGUGAAUUAGAACAAGGACAGUGACUUGUUACUUGAUAAUCUUGCUUUUAGUCUUGUCUCGCUCAUUACUUAAUUGGAUCACACUGGUUAGGCUAGUUGUGUAGAUGGUGAUCGCAAUGAAAUGUUAUCUGAGAAAUGUGUAGUCAGCCACGUGGUUGCAUGUAUUAUUUUUACAUCCAUGAAUGAGAUUCACAUUUUUGAAAUGGACGUUGCUCUUACAUAUUUGUAAUGUCAUUUGAGCAUUCCACUUUCGUCAUCUAGACAUCGUUCCAGUAGCAAUCCAACAGAGGUACUACAUCAUCUUAUGUAAAACCAUGAAGCAGUCAUGUCUGUCUGUAUUAUUAUUAUUAUUAUUAUUAUUAUUGAAAAUGGUGCUUUAUUGUAAUUUAAUAUUUUACAUAUAAUAUUGAUUGUUCCAGAUAUGAAAGAUUUGUUUAUAUUACAUGAUAGAACAUAUUGUUUAUUUACUUUAAAAAAAAUCUAACAUUUCAUUUCUGGUUCCCCAACGUUUCCCCUGGACCAAGAUUUAGAGUUGAUUCAGGUGGUGAUAUAUCAUCAGCCUUCUGAAGAGGUAAACAUUCUAAUGGUCUGCUGUAGAAUUGUCAAAUGUAAAUCAUUAAAGGAAAAAUGCAUUCUUUUUUUUGAAUUAAGCUUUGGAUGUGUCUUCACAAUUUAUUCGUGGUAUGACAUGUAUUUAUUGGUUCAACAAACCCCCUUGUCGUAAAACUGUAUUAUGAACCAUGAUUCAUUUAUAGAUUUGUGGAUCGUCUGAAGCAUGCUAUGUUGAACUUGUAAUGUUAGCUUACAGUGCCUAGCUAGUUAAUCAUUUUGCUUAAUUAAAUACAGUAAUUAUA